AUGUUCACCCUCAAAUCACUCUCUCCAUCUCGUGCAUCUCUGUCUAUCCCCUCACCAGGCGGACGGUCCAAUCCGUCCUCACCAAAUAGAUCCAAUCCCGCUUCACCGUCCACAUCACCAGGUGGGAGAUCACCAUCUUCCGAUUCAGGAUACUUUCCUACUGUGACGACUCCAACUGCACGAAUCACCAAAUCCAGACCGAUAGGGAAAGAAGAAGCUUUCAAGACCGUCAAGAACCUUGAGGAAGUGCUGAACUCUUGGAAUGAAUACAGGUUAGCAAUUGCGAAUGUUGGUAAAGCAGGUAGGAAAUUAGCUGGGGGAUUGAAAGAUCUUGCUUCAGGUGGUGUUGGUGGUGGGGAAAAGAUCGAUGUAACUUCCCAGACGAUACGACCAACGGCGAAUAUGUUAGAUAACCUAUCAGACCUGACCCUCAAGCUAUCUAGGAAGAUAGAUAAAGAGUAUGACGAGGUGAAUUCUGAUGCUUCGAAAUAUUUCAGUUUACUAGCUAAAGAAAGUCGUACGCAUGAGGCAUACCUAGGAGCAAUCGGAAAGAAACACGAUAAAGCAGAAAAGGCCUUUCGAAAAGCUUCAAAGACCCUAUCUGAGACUUCUAGUGCACAUGCUGGAUUGGUAGCUUUGAAGGAUACGUUGAGUGAGGAUAUCAAUAGAGCAAAUGAGGAUCAUCAUAUCCUAAUUGGCACCAAACAAUCUAUAAUCCUCCUCAAGAUAGCUUCUUCUUCAGGAUGCUUGGCCGAAUAUAUCUUAGCUUAUUUCUCAGAUGGAUUGAGGAAAUCGGGUCAGUCGUUCCUUGAUAUAGAGUAUUUCCGUACACUGGCAGAUAUCAAAUGGCAGUCCUCCUUACCUCCUUCGCUGGAAGAAGAACAGGCCGAAGAGAGAUAUCGCGAGAGAGUCAGAGGCGUCAAAGCGAAAGUGGCCCUCGGUGAAUUGGACCUAAUCGGGAAGGGUCUAUGGGAAAGUACAGGUGGUAUGGGUUCUGGACGGAAUAGUAUUCAAAGUACUCCCAAAGAAGCGAUGGCCAAUGUAGCAGUGGCUACUACAACCGAGAACAAUCUCAACAAACAUGAUGUUGAAGUGAAGACCGGAGGUCUCAGUUCCAGCCCAUCAGCCAAAGAGUCUUUUGAAGACAACACUCGCCAACUGUCUGACAAGAGCGACGUGAAGCCACAAUCCAUCAUUGCCCAAAAUGAAGGUACAGUCGGUUCAUCCACAGGUAAUGACACCUCCUCAGCUGAACAUCCACAAUUACGUGCAACUCCUCAACAUACCUCUCCGCCCAUACCUCAUGAUAGCAGACCAUCAUUGACUUCCCAUUCGUCCACUCCGCCAACACACAGCACCAAACCCAGCAUAAGCACCAGUACGACCUCGUCCACAUCGACCAGACCCGAUGCUCCAGAGGGUAGAAGGUCGAUCCCAUCCGGGCUGGUAGUCACGCUGAAGGAAUCUGAAUCGCCUAAAGGACCUAGGGAUAGAGAAGCGGAAAGACCUAUAUCGAGGUAUGAGGAUGCACGACCGGUUGUGGCAGCUAAUUCACCCGAGCGAGCCAGACCGGCACCGAUCCACAUUCGAGGUCAUAAUUCGAGAAGAUCAGUAUCGAACAUGGUUAAUGAAGUUCAAUCCAGACAGCCUGAUGAGGGGUACUAUAAGCAGCCUUUGCGCCAUUUAUACCAAUCACAGCAUCAGGUUUCGAAUCGGUCUUUCUCUUCAUAUUAUACUGAUCCAAGGGAAAGGUCGUUCCAGCAUCAUCAGAAUCAUCAGACGUUUAUGAGAGGUUGUGAAUUAUGUGAGAUAAAUUAUGAGAGGAUGUAA